AUGAAAAUGAUUCUGAAUAUACAUAGACUUAUCACAGUUCUAUUUUGGUGUCUUCUAAUCCUCCCCACAUCUCUUGGAAAAUCAGACGAAAUUUUUCUGAGGCGGACCACGACACGAAUUGAUCUUCUAGAGCCUUCUAUGGCAAUUUGGUCUGGAUAUUUCUCUCAUCGUAGUAAGUGUGCUUCUAAGUGUACCCAGGAACCUGACUGUGUGUCGUUAUUGUACAACAUGGCUGACGAGUCAUGUCACCUCUUCAAUGUGAUCUACGACAGUGAUGAUAGCGGUGAAGUAGACAAUUACUGGGUGUUGGAGAACAGAGGAUCUAGAUGGGCUCCGGAGUCGUGUCUCGCCCUUUCAACAUGUUCUGGUAUUGCAACAGAUGGAGAAUACUGGGUCUAUCCUAUUGUAACAAAUCGAAGAAGGACGAAAAUAUACUGUCACAGCCUAGUGACUGAACCUUCACAUUUUAUAACUUUAAAAUACCCCAACAGCUUUGUUGGCCAUGGCAGCUCAAAUUGGAUAACCAGGGCCCAGUGUCGAUCUGAAUUCAAACCUCCUCUUAGACAGACGAAUUUCACAAAAGUAAAAAUACAGAUCGAGAGCAUGGUGGUAAAUGGAACUGAUUAUACGUUCACAUCGCUGACGGGAUCAAAACAAAUGCAGUAUGGAUAUGCUAGUGACUGUAAUGGGGAACACUUCAGGAACCCUUGUCCUCACUUUGGGACAGCCACCAUUGAUACCAGAGGGACUGGACUGAUCGUUGAUCCUACAGUCGAAUUUGGCGCGUUUCCUUAUCCUAAAUCCUUUGAAGGAGCUACAAAGGAUUUUAAUCGUUCUGCUCUCGGAGAUCAGAUAUCAUUCACCUGUGCUGGAUGGUGCGGUUCUUGCGGACCGAUCUCUGGACCAAUCAGAUUUCAGCAUUCCACGGACUUCAUUUCAGCUGCAGAUGCUCAAGCCAUUAUUUGUCACAAGUAAAUCAUGGCCUUCCAGUAUGACGAUACAAGUAUAUUUACAAUUUAAUAUACAAGCCCAUAUACACACAGUUCAUACCUGGAAAAACUUCUUGCUUAAAUGCUCAAUAAUGAACACGAUAAAAUUUCA